UCAAGUCAGGCAAAGCCAGAACGCGGAAGUUGGGAAACUUGGCCUUCAAAAUUACGCACCUGUUUUCCACCCUAAUAAUUUUGGCCAUGGAGACUGUACCAUUUUUUUCAUACUCCGUGCUUUUCAAUGCACACUAAAGAGGCCUGUAAAUUUGUCAGCCUCUUCCUUUAAAAUGUCUACAUGCAGGCGCUGUAGUGAAUUUGAUUAAGGGUUUUAUUUUGAAAAGCAAUUGAUGAUGACUCGGUUUCUCGUGUGAGUUGGGAGAUUUGGCAGAAGUUGCAGCAUGCGAGAAAGGUGACGGUUGGCAAAUCAAAAGUCCAGUGGGAAAGCAAUAGAAGUGCACGUUCCCAUGUACGUGUAAUACCAGUAGCCUAACAGAUACACCCGGUAUCGGUAUGUCCGCGCAGCGCGUCCGUGUUGCAGCUACUAAAACUUCCAGCCGUUGAGCGUCGCCAGCUCUUGCAGUUUCCGCCACAGUUUUUCUUUUUUUCAUCCUCAGGUCAUUUAAAUAUUCGGCGUUUGACCUUUGGUAUCAGUUUAAUGGUGAUUCCUUGUGUCCCGUGUUUGCGCGCAGACACGCAGAAAGCGUCUGGAGUUGACGGGCACCGGACAGAGGCAAGAGCUCCUCCGCCCUCCCUCCAAAAAAGAGCGACGGUAGUUCAGCACAACGUGUUGACCGCGGUGUGACGGGGGUACGUGCAGGUUGCUGUGUUUGUUCCUUUUUUUUUUUUAUCAUCAUCAUCGAUUCACAGACCAGUUGUCCUCUGACUCUAACUCAGCCUUUUAUGUAAAGGACAUGGAAGUAAUACUUGAUGGAUUUCUUAACCAGAGCACUACCUAUGAUUACACUGACUAUGAGACAAAAGACGACUUAGAACCUAAAGGCAGUGAGGCGGUGUGGAUCCCGGCUCUGUACUCCGUGGUGCUGGUUGUGGGUCUGCUGGGGAAUGUGCUGCUCCUGGCUGCUCUGGCACUGAAGAAGCUAUCUUGGAGUACAUCAGAUACCUUUGUCCUCCACCUGGGUGUCGCAGACAUCCUGCUGCUGCUGACACUGCCCCUCUGGGCUGUUCAGGCUGGUCAAAGUUAUGGGUGGCCCUUUGGGGAUGCCCUCUGCAAGAUCAGUGGAGCUGUUUUUAAUAUCAACUUCUACUGUGGAAUCUAUCUGCUGGUUUGCAUCUGUCUAGAUUGCUGCCAGUUCAUCACCAACACUACCCCGCUGUUCUUCCUCAAGAAACCUGUGUUAGGUCAUCUCAGCUGCCUGUUGGUCUGGGUCAUCUCCCUGCUCCUCUCCAUCCCUGAUUUGAUUUUUCUAAUGGCAGAGGAAGAUGCAAUGUGUGUUCCCAAGUACCCUCAGUCAGAAACUAACUGGAAGCGGUUGUCACGCCUGCUCCACCACACACUGGGUUUCCUGCUGCCCACAGCCACCCUGAUCAUCUGCUGCUCCUGUGCCCUGCGUCGGCUGCAGUGCAGAUCAGAAAGCCUCCAGAAGCAGAGGGCAAUCAUGGUCAUCCUGCCCUUGGUGGUGGUCUUCUUUCUCUGCUGGAUGCCAUACAACAUCACACUCAUUGUGGACACCUACCUGAACAGCUCUAAGAAGCCACACGAUGGUUCAUCUGGAAACCCUGAAGGUUCUCUGAAUACAGCUCUGAUGGUCACAACUGGUCUGGGUUGUGUUCAUUCCUGCCUCAGGCCUCUGCUCUAUCUCGGCCUGUGUGGAAACUUUAGGAAACGGUCCCUGGCCAUGCUGAGAUGUGCUGCAAAUGAAUCUAUAAGCUCGCUAUGGGAGCUGGGUGUGGGAAAGGAAGUCCUGCCUGACCAGAGUCAUGAGGGAGAGCUGAAACAGAUGACAAGUGUGGAGGAUCAGCAGGUGCAGUCAACACAGUGCUGUGACUCAAAAAUCAUCUGAACAAUGGAUUUUUUGUCAUGGAUUCAAGGAGUGGGGGACUAUAUUCUGUGCAAUGAUGAGUAACAGAUAUUUAUUAAAGAAAAAAAACUCUUACAUUGCACUUUAAUGUGAAGGCUUCAGAGUCACAUCAUGGUGACCCAUGGCAACAUGGUACUGUAGCUUGUCAUCCUAAAUCAUGAGUUUUUUAAUUCAAUUUUGGAUAUAUUUUUUUACUGUGUAUUAUUAUGUGUAUUAUUAUUUUGAUAAUAAGCAAACUGUUAGAUCAUAUACUUCAUGAAGAAACUGUUGUGUCAGUGAAAAGUUUCCAGAUGUUAAACAAUCAUCAUAUAACUAAUGCCAUAAUCAGUGAUAUAAUAAGGAAUAUAAGCUCUUAUCCUUGCCAGUUUUAUUGUGUGCUUGUAUUUAACAGUCCUACACAGUUUAUAACUUUAUUUCUGAAAACAUAUCAUAAACUGUUUCACUUUUCAUUGUCCUUGUUAUCUUGUGCUUAUCUAAAAGCAGUACAGACUGUGUGGAUUCCACAAUUGCACAGUGACAGUGUGGAUUUCUAUUAACGGGCAUAAUGCUGUGAGGGAAUUUCCCACGGCAAAUCCCACAGCUUUUUUUUCUUUUUGGACUUCACUGUUACAACAUGGACGUGUGUGGUCUUUGGGACACUGGAUGACAAAAACAGAUUGUGAUGUCAUCAGUCAGGUGACAGAGCAAGACAGAGGCGGAAGAGAAAGAAGCGCUCUCUGCUGGGGCUGCGGCCUGCUCAUAGCUCUCUGCGUACACUCAUCUGAAGAUUUGUCUGUUGCAUGGAGAGAGAACUGUGGCAUGCAUUGUGUGUCGGGACAGCUGACUAAAGGGAAAAAAAGAAUGUAGCUGGAGGGAAGAAGAGGAUUUAGAGAAGAAAAAAAUCUUAUUUUAAAGAUCUUGACACAUGCUGUGCUCUGCGGUUUUACCACCACACUGCUGUGUUAUAGCCCGCCAGACAAGCCUGAUUUUUGGGCUCAAGGCCAAAUAAUAAUGUUAACACUUACAAAUAUGACCUGAAAUAAAGUUGUACUUUCACCAUUGA